UGUGCGACAGAAAGCUGAGUUAAAUCGCACUCCUCGCCUCUGCUACUUUCCUUUGCUUCAGUGCAUCUUUUCUCAGGCAUUUGCUACACCGGUCCGAUUCCUGCCUGUUCGUGGGCUGGCUACAAAGGGGCUGGCUGGCUGCUUAAUUCAGGGAGCAUCAAGGCUGUGCCAGGAUGUGUCCUUUUUAAUGGGGAAGUGAAACUGACCAGACAUGAAAAAGGAUCCUGGUCACACCCAGGAAUCCAGUGGUGUCAGCACCGACAACAGCUCCUCCUGCACUGGUUUAGCAACAAGCACUUUUGAGGCCAGCCGAUCCGCCGCAUGCACGCGCGGCCCUGUGAGAAGCUGCGGGAGCGUCCCUGUCCAACUGCACCUGGAGAAAAAGACGCACCGUCUGCACGCAACGAAGUGAGCAUGCCUAUGCGCUGCAGGACCGUUGCUCAGCUCGGGGGAUUCAUUCUCUCCCUCUUCGGAUGGGUCUCCUCGUGUGCCACAACUUCUGUGCCUCUCUGGAAGAGCCUCAACCUGGAUCUCAACGAAUUCGAAGUUUGGAACAUGGGCCUCUGGCAAGUCUGCGUGGUUCAGGACGAAAGCGUCAUGGAGUGCAAAGACCACCCGUCUCUCCUGGCCCUCCCUUGGGACGUCAAGCUCUCCCGGGUUCUGAUGGUCGCCUCCAACCUGGUGGGCUUCCUCGCCUUUUCCCUUUCCGUCCUGGGGUCCAGCUGGCUGAGGACGAGAGGCCAGAAACCAGGGCUGAAAAAACGGCUCGGCACGGCGGGAGGGAUCCUCUUCUGCCUUUCUGGAAUAGCCACCUUGGUGCCGGUCUCCUGGGUCGCCUACAACGUUGUGCAAGAAUUCUGGGACCAAGCCUUGCCCGAGAUCAUCCCAAGGUGGGAGUUUGGCAUCGCAUUGUUCCUGGGCUGGUUCGCUGGCUGUUCCCUUGUACUCGGUGGGUUUCUGCUUCUCUUCUCUACCUGUUUGCCAGAGUCUGAAAGGCCGUUGGGAGAGGUAGCGGCCAAGCGGAAGCAAGAGGUGCAAAGGCUGCCCCCCAUGUCAAAUCAUCAUCAGUAUUCACCCCCUGAGAAUGCAUACCUUACCAUCUAAACCCUGGACCUCAAGACCUGCCAAAACCAGAAGGGAGACUGUUGAAACGAUGGUUUAUGACUGACGAGUUAAGAUUAUUGAGUUGCAGUUCGAUUCUUUUAAAGGAUGUUUUAAAUGGGAAAUAACACCAGGCGGAAAACUACCGGUGUGUACCGUCUGUGUUGCCUUACAAGUUCAAAGGUAACAUGAGAGAUU